AUGGCACGCGACCAAGAGAUCGUCUCCCUUUCCUCGUUUGGAAAGGACCUCCUGGCCAGCGGCUUCUUUACAUCUCUGGACGCACCAAACUUUGCCGACAACAAUGUCAAAGGCCCCCCUCGCAGGAACCUGGAAAUUGCCCCGGAGGAAACCUUUCCACCGCAGCCAGCCAGUCCGGCCACAUGGAUGGGUCUGUCGACCCUUUCCGCGGUGACAUCAGCAUAUGCAGACUCUCCUGAAUCUCCCGAGCAGCUCAUCGUUGGAGGUGCUGAGGUGCAAAAUGUGUCACUUGUUAUGGUAGACGAGCACGGCACUUACAAUGAUUUGAAGGUGAUGCCGGUUCCCGUUUCGGGGGCCAAGAGCAGUGGGGGGUCUCUGCUUGUUGCCCCGGUCGGAGAAUCUAAGCAGAUCGCUGCUCAGCCGAUGCUUUUGCUACCGGCCAAGGCGGAUUCUGAUCUCUCGUUUUCCGAUGAUAGCAAGGCUUUGCCGAUGGCAGAGCUGGAAAAAGCCAUGAAGGAGUCUAAGGGGAAGGUCGGUGUGGCGGCUGUUGAUUCCUAUGUUCUCAGUGGUGAAAUCGAGAAUUUCUUUGGUGUCAAGGGGGUUACAGGCAAGUUGUACUGUUUCAGAAGUGAUGAGGAGGAGGGCAGUAAGGACGAGGAAGAGAAACCUAUCGAUGAAAAGGUUAAACUUCAAGACAUGGAAUCGCCCCUAGGAAUCUUCUUCCCCGAGAUUGAAAACAAGACGAUCAAAACGUUGCCCCUGAAGAACCUGGAGUUUACUUUCAGCAACACCAAAAAGGAGACUCUGCUUCCGGAUGGACUCCGUCUGCAAGGUGACCUGGACUUGACGGAUGGACUGCAGUGGGUUUCAGAUGGCUUGAAGAAUGUCUUUGGCAGUGACAAGGCCACAGAGCUGCCGUCGAAGAUACGGGUUAGUGCCCUUUUGGCUAAGGAGAGAGACUGGACCAAGAAGCCCAAGAUUGAAGGUAUCGUUCUUCAAGCCUUUCUCCAUGAGAUGAAGCUACCCGCGUGGGACUUUUUGGAAUUCCAAACGGUGGGGAUCGAGCUGUCUGCUAGGAAGGAAGCUGCGAAAAAGGACAUCGAGGACAAUCCGGAGAAGGAACAGAAAGAGGACACGGACAAGACAAAAGAAGAGGAGGAAGAUGGCAAGUCAAAGGAAAUUGUAGCCAAGAAAGACAAGCCCUCUAAUGCCCCCACGACGAAGGAUCAUGCCACGGAGGAAAGGCGCAAAAAGGAAGAAGAGGGAAGCAAAGAGGAGAAAAGAUGGAAGGUAGGCUUUGGACUCUUUGGCAAGGUCAAUAUUACCAAAGUACCCAAGUCACCGGUGCCACUGGAGGCAAGAUAUUGGAUUCGUAUGGGAGACUGGAAAGAGGAGAAGAAGGAGGAAGAAGAAGAGGAUGAAGUUGAGGGCGAUGACGAGGACAAAGAAUUAGAGAAGCCGGAUGGCGGAGAAGGUAAGGAAACUGCCGAAGCAGGUGGGGAGAACGAAAACGACGAUGCGGAAGAGGACAAGCCCACAGAAAGAGGAAAGCAAUACGAAGUGUUGAUCGCGGUCGGCGAAUGGAAGGACUUUUGUGCCAUCUCGAAUCUUGACAUGAAAGAAGCCCAGUUGCACGCAUUUUUCAAACCCGGCGAAUUCCGGAAAUCUUGCACAUUAUCUGUGACUGGAUCCCUCGAGUUUGCCCAAGGGUGUCUUGACAAGAAAGACGGCGAUGAAGAGGAGGAAGAGGAGAAGCCCAAGAAUGCGACUCUAACAAUUGAGGGAGUGCUAUCCAGACAGGACUACCAUUUUGACGCGAAGGUGGGAGAUCUGAAGCUCGAUUCGAUAUUGAAGAUGUAUGCUCAGAUCACCGGUGCUGAACCAUCAAAGGAAGCCAAAGAGCAUGAUCUAGUCUUUGAAGAGCUGCAUUUGAAUAUUAGCCGCAAGCUGAAGAGCAAAGAAAAGGCAAUAGAGGACAAGAAGGAUGUAAAGGAGAAAAAGGAAGAAGAAAAGGAAAAAGAAAAGGAAAAAGAAAAGGAAGAAGAAAAGGAAGAAGAAAAGGAAGAAGAAAAGGAAGAAGAAAAGGAAGAAGAGGGAGAAGAGCCUUCCACUUGCCUGGAGCUCUCCGGCAAAGUCAGCUUCAACGAUUGCAAGAGUGUUCAUGGUUUGAUCAAAAUUGACACUAUCUCCGGUCUCACUAUCCAGGGUGGAGUCGAGGAUUACAUGAUCAAGGAUGCUGAUGUUACAAUUAAAGAAGCCAGUAUCGACAUCUUCAUUGGAGCCAAGCCAAAACAGUCCAAGGACACCUCAAGGAAAACCAAGCCCAAACUCGAGGCAGAUACCAAAGACGGAAAAGAAGCUGGCGAGGGCAAGGUGGAGGUUUUCAAUCGAGAAAGCAAAUUUGCCAUCAAAGGCAGGGUUGAUUUCAGUGGUAUAACUGUGACGGUUGCCUUUAUGACUGAGCGCAAGGAAACCAACGCUAAGUCGAAGAAGUCGUCUGAGCGGGAGUGGGUCUUGUUUGGUAUCUAUGAAGGCACUUUGCACCUGGGAAAGAUAUGCGAUAUAAUGGAAGGCCCUAUGGCCGACCUCGAAUUGAAAAACGUUGCGCUCAUCGCAGCAUCCGGGGAAUCCAAGACAAUCGAGGCGUUGAACACGCUUAAGUAUCCUGUAAGAAAGGGAAUUUCGCUGUGUGCGACUAUCCCACCUCUGCCGGAGCUGAACAAUUUCGCCAAGCAGAACGUGGAUGGGUUGGUUCUCGCGGCAACUAUACAAAAGCAAAAGCUGGAGCUCGACAUCCAGUUGCCCAGGGCUUUUGAUGUCACUAUUACUGAUAGUGUCAAACUCUGUGAGAUUGGAAUUGGCAUUGAAAUCAGCAAGACUCCUAGCUUGAUGGUCAUGGGCACUUUGAACAUCGUCAUGGAUGUAGACCAGGAUCCUUUGCUCCUAGAGGGCAUGGUGAAAGCUGGCCUACUCAGUUCAUCGGCUUCGAUUGCCACCAAGUCGCCAUGGGUGAAUCCAUUGAACAUCAGCAAACAUGUUACCAUCGCCGACUUCAGAGUCGAGAUCGAAAUUACUUAUGCCACGGUAAUGGAGCUUGGACCAUCCAAACUGGGCCUCGCUGGAGAUAUCGAGGUAGGAGAUCUUACUGCUGGAGCUGCCAUGCAGAUCAGCCACCACCCUGGUGAGCAGGUUAUAUCUGCCAAUAUCUCCGAGGUUGAUCUCGUCAAAAUCAUCCGUGUUGCCGGUCAGGUCGCCGAAAUCCAAGUCUUGCAAGAUAUCCGUGGUGGUGAGGAUACGUUUGUUUUUACCGAUGCCAACAUGUAUUUCUCCACUGGGGGGACCAUAGCUGGAAGGGAGUAUCCACAGGGUAUAUCAGCCGGGGGGAAGCUGACGGCGUUUGGGAAGACGGCCCAGUUUGACCUAACCAUUGGUAAGGCCGGUCUAGAUUUCCAAGCGUAUAUCGAUAAUUUCAGUCUCGGGCCCUUGGUCGUCUCAUCCGCCAGUGGAGACCCCCGCGCCAAGAUGGUCGUGCUGAUGACCAAAGACAAACAAGUGAUCCAGGUGGACGGAAUGGUAAGAUGCUUUGGAAUUGGGUUUGCCACCUUAGUCGACAUCCAAAUAGGAACCGAGACCCCGUCUUUUGAUGCGCGUAUUGCCGUGGCGUUUACCGAUGCAUUUAUAAUCAGCCUACAGGCGACGGUGAAGGACUUUAAAGAGCUCAAGGAUAUAGCAACAAAGGAUUUAUAUUUCCAAGCCCAGAUCCAAGGUGAUUUAUUUGACAUGAUCUGUGAAAGUAUCAAGAGCUUGCUCCGGACGCUUGAGAAGCUGGGUACCGAGGGUAUUGAAUCUCUUCAGAACCUUAUUGGAGCGCAGAUUGCCGAAAAACAGGCCGAAAUGGACCAAGAGAAGGAGAAGCUGGACGAGGCACGCCAAAAGGUAGAUACGAGACGCCAGGUGCGUCAACGCGAUAUGAAGAAUGAAAAGGAUAAACGCGACAAGGCAAAGGCAGAAAUCGAACGGCUUCGGGACAAUGUGACCAGAGCCAAGCAAAAUAAGGCUCAGGCUGAAAAUGAACUGAAAGAAAAAGUCGAAAAGCUUAAACUCGAAAGGGAAUCCCUUAUCCAACGCAAGAGGAAGGAGUAUAAUGACAUGCUGGAGAAGGCCAAGCAAGAUCAAGCAAACAACCAGAGGGAGUUAGAGCGGCUGAGACAAGAACAGAGAGAUAGAUACGGCACCGAUUUCCUCAGGAAGGUCAACAUUGCUAAAGGAGCCUAUUACGAAAAAGAAAGGAUCUUAAAGCAAGCGUGGGAAAAUGUUGCGCGACUUCGUCGGGAGUUCAAUGAUGCAAAUAUCUGCCGGAACUCGGGGCAGCCGAACUUGCUCAUGAGGCUGCAAAAGCUGUACUAG